AUGAUGAACAAACAAUUAUAUUCAGUUUGGGUUUACUUAAAAGUUAUACUUAAUUAUAUAAAAGGUAAAUACAAAAUUUUUAUGGGGAACAAACAACAACAAUAGCAAGAAAAAGAAUCUUAUUUAUAAGAUUAAUACUUUAGAGAUGUAAGAGAACUGUAAAAAUCUUCAUUGGAUUCUCACACCUAACUUACUAUUAGUGUAUAGAAAGACAUUUUUAAGUGGAACAAUUUAUAAUAUCUAAAAGAAGAUUUUUCAGUUUUAUUUUCUCUUUUAGAUAAGUGUGUCAACCUCUCAACUCUUACGCUUGAUCUAAAAGCAAAUAAUAUUGAAGACAAGCUCAUAUCAAAGUUAAGCUAAACCUUAGUCAACUGUAGUAAAAAUCUAUCUAUUUUGAAGCUGGACCUUUGGAAUAAUAAAAUAAGAUUAAAAGGUGUGUAAAAUUUAGGCAGGGCUUUAGCGAGUUGCUCUAAAAUAUCAAAUUUAUAUCUAAAUUUAUCAUAUUGUCCGAUAGGAAAUGAGGGUAUUUCAGCUUUAUCUUCAGCAUUAGUAAAAUGUAUUCAUCUCACUAAUUUGAAUCUAGACUUAUUUUGUGUUAAUGUUGGAGAUAAAGGAGUGUUCGAAUUUAGUACAAACAUUUCCAAAUGCGUUUAGCUAUAAAUUUUGAAACUAGAUUUAUUUAAUAAUAAUAUGAAUGAUAAUAGCCUUAAAUUCAUAGGCUUAGGUUUAGCAAGCUGCACAAACCUCUUGGAAUUAAAGCUCAAAAUAUCUUAUAACAAUAUUGAAAAUGAAGGAGUCUUAACCUUGAUUCAAGGCUUAUAAAGCUGCCUAAAAUUAUCAACCUUGUUUCUUGAAGUAGGAUUUAAGGAAUAUGAUUUUACAACAGAACGGAUAUUAAAAACAAGAAUACAAAAAGUGAAAAGAUUAGUCUACAAAUGUGUUUAUUUAUAUGAAUAUGUUAAAGUGGAAUAUGAUAAUUGA